AUGUCAGCGAGCAAAACAGGCAUCAAAGUCAUUAUUGUCGGCGCUGGAUUCGGCGGGUUGACAGCUGCCAUCGAAUGUCAUCGACAAGGCCACGAUGUCGAGAUCUAUGAGUCCUUCCCUGAGCUCAAAGUUCUUGGUGACAUUAUAUCCUUCGGCGGAAACGCUGGUAGGAUCUUUCACCGAUGGUCUGAUGGCGAAGUCGUAGCUAGACUGCGUCCGAUGUGUAUCAACAUACAGGACUACGGCUUCCGGAUUCACAAAUGGGACACCGGUGAGGUUGUCUAUCACCAAAAGCGACCGCCACCAAACCCUGAGGCUCCGGUUUUGAAUGGCCAUAGAGGCGAGCUGCACGAGAUUAUCUUCAACUAUGCACGCGAUGAGCUUGGUAUUCCCAUCCAUCUUGGUCAACGAGUAUCUGAGUAUUUUGAGAACGAGGCAAAUGCAGGUAUCGUUCUGAAAAGCGGAGAAAAGAUCUUUGGCGAUGUCGUGAUUGGUGCUGAUGGUGUGAGGUCCAAGGCGAGAGAGCUCGUUUUGGGCUAUGUCGAUAAACCCAAGAGCAGUGGGUACGCUAUUUGGAGAGCUUGGUUCUCAAACAAAGACAUGAUACAAGAUCCUCGCACAAAAGAGUUCUGCGAGAAUGGCGACACCUUUAACGGCUGGAUUGGACAAGAUGUCCACUUCUUGUUCUCAACCCUCAAGGGUGGAAAAGACUGCUGCUGGGUUCUUACACAUAAAGAUGACCAUGACAUUGAUGAGUCGUGGUCGUUUCCUGGUAAGAUUGAAGAGGUUUUGGAGCUUCUCAAGGACUGGGAUCCUACUUGCCGAGCGAUCGUCGAGAAGACGCCUUCGGUCGUGGAUUGGAAGCUCGUAUAUCGCGACCCGUUGCCGACUUGGAUUAGCCAAAAAGGACGCAUCGCGUUACUCGGAGAUGCUGCUCAUCCAUUUCUUCCGACAAGCGCUCAAGGUGCGACUCAGGCUAUGGAGGAUGGUGUGACAAUUGCUGUCUGCCUCAAGCGUGCUGGCAAAGGGAACAUCCCAGGAGCGCUAAAAGCCCAUCAAAAUUUGAGAUACGAGCGCGUGAGGGCGGUUCAAAAGACCGGCGAGUCAACCAGGGAUCUCUGGCAUAAGACAGACUGGGAGAAAGCCAAGAAGGAUCCCAGUAGCAUUGGGUUCCCUAGAGAGGAUUGGAUACAUGGAUUCGAUGCCGAGCAGUAUGCUGAAGAGAACUUCGAGACUGCUUUAGGAGAUACUGCUACACAUCAAGACUCUGAGAGGAUUGUCUUGGGUCAACAGCCUGCAGUGACCAAGGUAACUAGCUAG